AUUGAAUGGAGUUUUUAACUUAACAUUUUAAAAUAAAUACUUUGAUAUUUGUUUCCACUGUUAAAAUAAACAUUGUUCACUGUAUUCUUAAUUACUUAUUAAGAAAUUAUACCUCUUCACUGUGAAUUAAAAUUGGUGGUCACUAGAAAAUAUAAUGGCUGAUAAAAAGAAAAAGAUUUUAUUUACAAAGGAAGCAGCCACAAGACGACCAAUGAUAUUAAAGUCUGAUCGUGAUCGUGGUCCUUCACAGGACCAAAACAAGGACAAACAGGAAAAGGAAAAGCAACCUACAAUAAUUUUAAAGACACGCGAACAAAAUGCACCCAGGGAAGAACGCCCACAAAGUCCUAAAGCUCAGACAUCUGAAAGCGAUGGAUAUCAUCCACAAAAGAUAGCUCAAAAUGAAAAUAAGGACAAAAAGAUUGUUGAAUCAAAACCUACACCUACAUUGAAAUUAAUGUCAAAUCCGAUCAAGUUAUUGGAUGAAAAUUUGGAAUUUAGCCAAUCUGCAUUAAAGUAUCUACAGGAUUGUAAUACUAAUUAUUUAGUUGUUGGUAUUAUGGGGACACAAAGUGUAGGUAAAUCAAUGAUAUUAAAUUUAAUUGCACAGAAUACACCUUUACCAGAUCUUUGCACAGAAAUUUUGAAAUCUCAUGACUUACCUAACACAGAAGCAAAUGAUGUUGCCAUAGAAAAUCAAAUGGAAAAUUUGAAUAUUGCAAAUACCUCAAAUGAAACAAACAAUAGUUUUUUCAAAUUUAAAAUGCAAGAUAUAGAACAGAUAGAAAGAGGUGCUCAUUGUACUAGAGGUGUGGAUAUGUAUGUAACAAAUGACCGUGUAAUAUUAUUGGACUGUCAGCCAUUAUGGUCACCCUCUCUUAUUGAUGAAUCGAACAAUGUAGCAAUGAACCCGAGAUGUGCUAACAUUGUGACGGUUGAUUGCUUGGAAAUUGCAUCAUUCUUAAUGUCAAUAUGUCAUGUGUUGAUAGCUGUGCAGGACUGGUUUGCAGAUUAUAACUUUUUAAGAUUUAUACAAACAGCUGAAAUGUUGAAACCAACAUUAUCAGCUUCAAGUUCAGUGAGUGUGCCCACGGAAGGCUCGGAGUCAUCUGGUGAUGGAGAGUGGCAACCACAUCUGUUGUUGUUACAUAACAGAUGCCAGCUUGAAGACUUCACGCCUAACGCUGUGAAGACUAUGCAAGAUCUUUAUAGGAAAGCAUUUCAAAAGUCAACAUUGCAGUUAAACUCCGGCAUGUAUAUGUACAGUGAUACAAAUAGAAAUGGUCUCCAUGUGGACCAAGUGUGCAAAGGUUAUAACAUAGACAAUUGUGGACCGCCUAUCAAUUUGUUCCUCCUUCCAGAGAUUUAUAGUGAUUUUGAUAACAAAGAUAUAUACCGAGGUCACCCGUCAUUUGAACAAUUAGCAAAGAGACUUCGCUGGCUUGUGCUAGGAGCAAACAGACAUCAGAUAACAAAUGUACCAAAUCUCUCAGAAAAAGGCUGGUUCCAGUUCUGCAACAAAGCUUGGGAAACAAUCAGAAAAUGCACAUUCUUCAUUGAAUAUGAAAGAUUGCUACCUUGAACCAUUAAACGAUUUUUUCUUAGAUAAAGAUGAUUUUAUUUGGUUGAUGAGGCGGGCAGUCCCUUGUAAAUAAUAAAAGUGUACAGUCAAAAGAAUUUAUUAAAGAUAACACGAGAUGUAUUGGACCCAAUAAAGAUUUUAUAAACUUAUAUUAAAUAGUUUCAUUACAUCCAGUAAGUAAGUGCUGAGAGAAGUAAAUCAUACAACUAAUGUUAUCUAACCAACAUUUUUCGGUUGUAGAAUACAAGUUAGAAAGUAUAUCAUUAAUUUUAAUAGAAAAAGUAUUGAGUAGAGGAAAUGGUUUCUCCUGAUGAGUCUGGUUUCGAAGGACCAAUACGAGCACUCCCUUUGACUAAAAUAGUUUAAUGAAAAAAAAA